AUGGAGAGUGAUCUCCUUAAAGAGAUUAAUAUUGAAGUUGUUUCUUCAAUGAGGCCAGAGGAUAUAAAUGACGGAAAUCAAUUUAGCAAAGAAAUUCCAGAAAGUGAUAGAGAUAUGUUGAAAGAGGUUGUAAUCAAUGAGGAUCCUUCAAUAGUUGACUUCCAGCGUCUGGCAGAGCUGACCAAUUACAGUGAGAAGGGGUCGACUCAGUUAGCAAAUCUCUUAAAACACUGGAAUUAUAAGCAAGCUAAUGCUGUGAGAUUACUCGAGGAGGAGAUUGACAACUUGAGCAAGCAAAGGCAAGAAGUUGAACUCAAGCGCUUGGAGAUUCUGGAAGAACAUCGUUUUGAGCAAGAAAUUUAUUAUGGUGACAAACGUCCUAUUCCCAACUUAGAUGUUCCUUCCAUGACAAAAGAUGCAGUUGUUCAGGAUAAGAAACUAGAAAUAGAUGCAGAAUUUGACACUGUAUUGUACUGGAAACAACGAGCUAUGAAUUUAGAGAAGUUGUUGGAGGCAAGUGUUCAGAGAGAGCAGAUACUAUUAGAGAAGCUGCAGGAAAGCCUAAGAAACUUGGAAAGGCAGUCCUCACCUGUUGAAGAGUUGUCCCAAAUGCUGAAACGAUCAGAUAAUUUCUUACACUUCAUUCUCCAGAAUGCACCAUUAGUAAUUGGUCACCAGGAUAAAGAAUUACGUUACCGCUUCAUCUAUAAUCAUUUCCCAAGUUUGGAUGAAAAGGAUAUCAUUGGAAAAACAGACGUGGAGAUUUUCACUGGCACUGGUGUUAAAGAAUCCCAAGAUUUCAAAAGAGAAGUGUUAGAAAGAGGCUUGCCUGCGAAGAGGGAAAUCACAUUUGAAACAGAGUUAUUUGGGUCAAAGACUUUUUUAAUGUAUGUUGAGCCUGUUUUCAGCAAGGCCGGGGAAACUAUCGGUGUGAAUUGCAUAGAAAUGGAAAUAACUGACCAGGUGAGAAAAAGAGAAAAGAUGUUUAAGAUUAGAGAGGAGAUAGCUGUACAGAAAGCCAAGGAGAAUGAACUGAACAAGACUAUUCAUAUAACAGAGGAAACAAUGCGAGCUAAACAAAUGCUAGCAACCAUGUCCCACGAGAUAAGAUCUCCUCUAUCUGAUGUUGUAAGCAUGACUGAAAUUCUUUCUACCACAAACCUUGACAAGGAGCAAAGACAAUUAUUGAAUGCCAUGUUAUCUUCUGGAGAUUUGGUCCUUCAGUUGAUCAAUGAUAUUCUUGAUCUUUCCAAAGUCGAGUCAGGAGUUAUGAAAUUGGAAGCUACGAAGUUCAGGCCAAGGGAGGUAGUAAGACAUGCACUCGAGACUGCAGCAACAUCGCUGAAAAAAACGUUAGUUUUAGAAGGGAAUGUAUCGGAUGAUGUUCCAGUUGAGGUUAUUGGAGAUGUCCUAAGGAUUCGACAGAUUCUUACUAAUUUGAUCAGCAAUGCAAACAAAUUUACCCAUGAUGGCAAGGUGGGGAAAAAGCUAUAUGUGGUGACUCCACCGUCUUCAUUAAGGGAAGAAGGUUCUAAUCAGAAUUCAACUCCAGUGCAAUCUGCUUAUCCAGAAAUUGGACAAAAUAUGGAUACAAAAAAGGUUUGGAUCGGAAUACCAGAUAAUGCUCUGCCUACUCUGUUUAAGAAAUACAUGCAAGUUGGCGCUGAUACAGCUCGCAAGUAUGGAGGAACUGGACUAGGCUUGGCUAUCUGCAAGCAACUGGUUUAA